AUGCAACAAUUUUUUCGAAACAUACCACGCUUUAGGUUUCUAGGUCGUCUUAAUCCCACAAGGUUUGUUUCUACAACGGAUACCUCAUCUCGAAGGCUACCACUAACAACCAAAAAUAAGCAAUUGCUAUCCUUAAAGCCUAUAACUCCAAGUGAUUCAUAUGUGAGCUGUACAAUUUUCAAUGAUAGAGGUGAUGUUACUGCAGUGUCUCAAAAAUUUCCCAAAUGGACUUUCUUAAGAGACCACUCUCUGUACCCUCGAGACCUGCGAAAGAUUGAUACUACUACGGUUGAUAUAAUUCCCAGCAUUCUAGUGAAACCUCAUUGUAUUGUGGUAAACAUGUUACAUAUUAAGGCACUCAUCGAAAGGGAUAAAGUUUAUGUCUUUGAUACAUCAAAUCCAUCAGCCGCAGCUAAACUGGGCGUAUUAAUGUAUGAUUUGGAAUCUAAAUUAUCCUCUAGACGUGGGCCCACAGUAAAUGGGACUACACCUCAGGCAUAUGAGCAUAGUGCACUGGAAAGUAUGCUAAUCAAUGUUAUGAGUGAUUUAGAAACUGAAUACAAGAUUCACCAUGCACUAUGUGGACAUAUUUUAAGCGAAUUAGAAAAUGAAGUCGAUCGUGAUAAACUUCGAGACCUUUUGAUUAAAUCCAAGAAUCUUUCGCUUUUCUACCAAAAAUCUUUAUUAAUUCGAGAAAUGCUCGAUGAAUUGUUAGAAAACGAUGAGGAUUUGGCUGGCAUGUAUUUGGAGGUGAAGAAGACUGAGGAAGAUGAUUUUGCAGAUUUGGAAAUGCUGUUAGAGACAUAUUAUACACAGUGUGAUGAAUAUGUGCAACAAGCUGAAUCUCUAAUCCAAGACAUUAAAUCUACUGAAGAAAUCGUCAACAUUAUCUUAGACGCCAAUAGAAACGCACUCAUGCUUCUUGAGUUAAAAGUCACAAUCUACACAUUAGGUUUCACAGUAGCUACACUGGUACCAGCAUUUUACGGUAUGAAUUUGAAAAAUUUCAUUGAAGAGAAUAACUGGGGUUUCCUAUCAGUGGUAAUUUUCUCCGUAACAUCAGCAUUAGUAGUAACUGCAGCCAAUUUCAGAGCCCUAAGAUCCAUUACGAGACUUACUAUGCUCAACAACCACUCAGGUGCACGUUCACCACGUCACAAACAGAUGGCAACGCAGUAUGCAGAAGAGCAUAUCCCACUUCUGUGGCAGCGCUGUAAAAGAUGGACAAACGACAUAUGGCAUGGUAAGGCACGCUCAAACCGUUUCAAACAGGGUCAAGAGGACAGGGAAAUAAUAUGGAGAUGGCUCCUAGACGAUGAAAGGAAAUAG